AUGCGCUGUCAAUCACCGGGCAGCUUCGUCAUCGCUCUCCUGAGGCGAGCCCUUUGCGCGUGCGCGUCACGCAGGCGCGGAGACGGUUUGACGGCCGCGCGCGCCGCCACCGGUCACCUGACCCUCCAACCCGCCCUUGUGGACAAGCGGUUCGCCAGCCAGUGGUGCGCAAAGAUAUCUGCUAUAAGAUCUUUGGUGGUGCGGGAAUGCUGUGACGAGCAGGCCUGGCAGAGCCCGAGUCUCCUGGAGAUCCACCAGCGGGUGCACACAGGAGAACGCCCCUUCGACUGCUCGGAGUGCGGCAAGAGCUUCUCCCGCUAUGAAAACCUGCAGCGGCACAAGAGCGUGCACUCUGGCCAGAGGCCCUUCACCUGCUCCGACUGCGGCAAGAGCUUCAAGAUUUUGAAUAACCUGAAGAGACACCGACAACUGCACACGGGCGAGAAGCCCUAUGGCUGCUCCACCUGCGGCAAGAGCUUUACCCAGUUGUAUGGGCUGCAGGUGCACCAGCGGGUGCACAGCAGUGAGCUGCCCUUCACCUGCUCUGACUGCGGAAAAGGCUUCAAGUCGUCGCCAGACCUGAAGGUGCACAGGCUCCUGCACACUGGGGCGUGGCCCUAUACCUGCAGCGAAUGUGGCAAGGGCUUCACCCGCUUCAGAAACCUGCUGGGGCAUCAACGCACCCACACUGGCGAGCGUCCCUACACCUGCACCCAGUGCGGUAAGGGCUUCACCCAGUCCACCAGCCUGCUGUCCCACCAGCGCACCCACACCGGGGAGCGGCCCUACACCUGCAGCGACUGCGGCAAGGGCUUCAGCCGCUCCGACACCCUGCUGUACCACCAGCGCACCCACACCGGCGAGCGCCCCUACACCUGCGCCCAGUGCGGCAAGGGCUUCUCUAAGUCCAGUCACCUGCUGUCCCACCAGCACACCCACACCGGCGAGCGCCCCCACACCUGCGCCCAGUGCGGCAAGGGCUUCACCCGCUCUACUGGCCUGCUGUCCCACCAGCGCACCCACACCGGCGAGCGUCCCUACACCUGCGCCCAGUGCGGCAAGGGCUUCACUCAGUCCAGCAGCCUGCUGGAGCACCAGCGCACCCACACCCGCGAGCGCCCCUUUACCUGCGUCCAGUGUGGCAAGGGCUUCACUCGCUCCUCCAAGCUGCUGUCCCACCAGCGGGUGCACGCCGGCGACCGUCCCGUCCCCAGCCCGGUGUGUGGAGAGCGCUUUGCCAUGGCCUCCCGCACCCUGUCUCACCAGCGCGUGCACACCAGUGGCCAGCCCUACGACUGCCCGUACUGCGGUGAGGAGUUUGACCGGUUACACACCGGAGAGAGACCCUUUGUGUGCGCUGAAUGUGGCAAGGGCUUCACCCGGCUUGACCACCUGCUGGAGCACCGGCGAGUCCACACCGGCCAGCGCCCCUUCACCUGCCCACUCUGCAGCAAGGCCUUUGCCCACUCCUCCAGCCUGCUGAUCCACCAGCGGGUGCACACGGGAGAACGCCCCUUCAACUGCUCCGAAUGUGGCAAAGGCUUCAAGUCGUUGCCGGAACUGAAGAGGCACAGGCGCCUGCACACCGGGGAACGACCCUACACCUGCAACGACUGUGGCAAGGGCUUCAUCCGCUCCAGCUGCCUGCUGGUGCACCAGCGCACCCACACCGGCGAGCGCCCCUACACCUGCGCCCAGUGCGGCAAGGGCUUCACCCAGUCCAGCAGCCUGCUGGUGCACCUGCGGACCCACACUGGCGAGCGCCCCUACUUCUGCGCCCAGUGCGGCAAGGGCUUCACCCAGUCCGACAGCCUGGUGAAACACCAGCGCACCCACACCGGCGAACGCCCCUACACCUGCGCCCAGUGCGGCAAGGGCUUCACUCAGUCCAGUCACCUGCUGGAGCACCAGCGCACCCACACCGUGGAGCGGCCCUACAACUGCGCCCAGUGCGGCAAGAGCUUCACCCAGUCCAGCAGCCUGCUGGUGCACCAGCGCACCCACACCGGCGAGCGCCCCUUCACCUGCGCCAAGUGCGGCAAGGGCUUCACCAAGUCCAACAACCUGCUGGUGCACCAGCGCACCCACACCGGCGAGCGCCCCUACACCUGCGCUCAGUGCGGCAGGGGCUUCACCCGCUCCACCAGGCUGCUGUCCCAUCAGCGGGUGCACGCCAGCGACUAUCCCUUCCCCAGCCCAGUGUGUGCGCUUUGCCCGGGCCUCCCAAGCCCUGUCUCACCGCACCAGCGGUUACACACCGGAGAGAGACCAUUUGUGUGCGCUGAGUGUGGCAAGGGUUUCACCCGCAUGUCCAGCCUGUGGCAGCACCAGCGUACCCACAGCGGUGGGCGUUCCUUCCCCUGCCCGAGGAGGGAGGAGUCGUUCUAUAGCAGCCUUGGAGACAACAACUAG